GUGCGGUUGGUACUGUCUAAGCGUAGAUAUGAGAUCAUAACUGAGCGGAAACGCCCUUCGGCUCUGGACUUGAUGCUUCAAAAGGACGCGCAAGUGUGCAGCAAAGAGGCGGCGUGACGAAUCUCCGCUGUACAGGGUAUGAACGCCGGCUUACUGACGCUCUAUUUACCGAGGCUCCCUCUAUUACUGGUAUAUAACGGUUGCCUGAAGGUGGAAUGAACAAAUAGCUAGUACUCUCUCGUGAGAUCCGACCUACCUCACAAGUCCUAGUUAAGAGCUUAUUACAACCCGAGGGUAAUCAUAUGUAUAUAGCUUUGGUGUGGUGUUGCACAGCUAUUUAUAUACAGAUUUACAGAAUCGGAUUCUACUUGAAAGCUGAUCGCAAUUUGUCGUCUUUAUGCAAUGCUAAGAGAAUAUCAGCGCUUAACAUUGUGAAUGUGCACAAUCGAAACGAUGUCUAAGUUUAGAAACCUUCUCGGAGGUGGUUGUAGCAGGAUUUUGGUGAUUGUAGGACUGGUGUUAUUAAGGGUACCUGAAGCACUGCUGGAGAAUCAAUGCGUGCUGUCAGAUGGCCGAUGUACAUAUAACGUCCAGUUAUCUCUGGCAGGUGGCAAGUGUAAUUCAGGACCAGAGCCACCUGUCGAAUUUCUCACAGGCACGCAAAAUGACAAUUCCAAGAAAAUGACGGACAUGGAAAAAGAUUUCCAGGACAUCAAGGAUGACCAUGAAAGCCGCCUGAAACGCCUGGAAAACACUGUGCAGAAAGUGGUUUUGGGAUCGCGGGAUACGAGUUCCAAGAGCCCUGCAAAGGCUCCGUUUUUGCUGGGCAGCAAAUACGCGGAAAGCAAUAUGGAGACGGAGGAACAACUGCUAACAUCUUUGCACAAAGAAUUCACGAACAUUAGGGACAGACUGAGAAUAAAAUCGGAUCUUUUGGUGGUGUCUGAGAAAAAGCUCAACGAAACUUUGAAAGCUCUGGAAAUGUCUCAAAAGAGCUUCCUGGAAACAAGCAAAGACUUGCUGGAAGCCGAGGACAAGGUCGGCUCUUUGCAGGCUGAAAACUUCGUGCUGAAAACAAACCUGGAUGAGAAAACGAUUAAACUCGAACAUACUAGUGAGAUAUUAAACGAGACGGACACAACUCUGAAAAUUUUGCAAGAGAAUUACAACGUUACUUCUAUUUCAGAGAGCAAACUAAAAGAAGAAUUGGCCAAUCACAAAACAGCUCUAAACGAAACGACUGUCCUCUUGGACAAAACAUUAACGGAAUACACGACUCUCAUGACAAAACACGCCAAAGCCGUGGAUACGUUACAUAGGCGGGAGCGAGAACUUAUUGAUUGUUACACAGCAAAAACGGCAACAUUCUGUGGAUUUGAGGACUUCAACAUUUGUGGAUUUACACAAGAGAACGCAACUGAUUUCUUCAAUUGGACCCGAGCUAAAGGAAGGACCCCGUCAAGUAACACCGGCCCUGAACAAGAUCACACCUGUGAGGGGCCCAAUGGACACUUCAUGUUCAUUGAGGCUUCCUCCCGUGGCAAGGGGCAGAACGCCAUCCUCUACUCCCCCAAAUACCGCAGUCUGAGUGAGCAGUGUCUGGAGUUCCACUACCACAUGUACGGCCGGAAUGUGGGCACGCUGAACGUGUACACCCGGGCAUUCGGGAAUGAGGUUGCAUCAGUAUGGCGGGCUUACGGUAACCAAGGGAAUUUCUGGAUUGUCUCCCGGCUGUACAUCCCAGAAAAUCUGGCUCGAGUUGGAUAUCAGAUUGGGUUUGAGGCCAUCACAGAAACUGGUUUCCAAGGAGACAUAGCCAUCGAUGACAUCCGUGUGAACGACGGUCCUUGCCCCAGCGAUUCUAACGCUCGCCCCGUGGUUGUGAACGUGCCCAUCACACCUAACCCGGACACGGAAACCACGACCAAGGAGCAACUGACACGCGCGGAGCGUAAACGCCGUCGGCGUCUUCGUAAACUUCGACAAAGAAUAGCGGACCAUCUGAACACAUCUUGAUCUACUGGCUGAUCAUAGCAGGGUCGGUUAUUGUGAACAAAGAAAAUCCCUUAGCCUUUGACCAGAGAAGCAUUGGACAUUUAUUACGUUGGAGCAGACCCAGUUUAAUUCGGGUUAAAAAAAAUAUCAUCCAAGAGCUUUGCUCCGUCAAACCCUCAAAACCUGGAAAAAACAUUUUGUUUAAAGAUCGUCAGACUUUCUUUAAAUUGAUCGACUGUGAUGUAAAUAAGAACACUGCCUUCUAGGGCAUAGAUUUGUUUGGUAAAACAAAUUCACUUCUUGCUCUGUUUUUGAGCUACAUGCAUAAGAAAGAACUGUGGUUUAAUGGUUUAGAUCUGCGAACACAUACACGGACAUACAUGAGAGAAUGUUCUGUUCAUUGUAACGGGCAUUUUCUAUCAAAUAAUCGAGAAAUGUUAAAUAACCAAUCAGAAUUGCUGUGUUAAAUGCGUUAAUUACAGUUACUUGAUCACUUAAAAGCUGCUUGACAACGCCCUGCUUUGUAUACAGGCGUGUUUACAACGAAUUCCGUACAGAUGCGAGUCAGAAGUUCCUUUGUAUACCUUUGCCGAGUCAACAAGUAAAAAGAAGAAAAGUAAUACCUUCACGACUUUAAAAAGAACAUCUUUGCCAAGGUGCAUUAUUAACUUGGGAGAAAAUAUAAUAACCUUAAAGUUGUCUGUCGAAAAGAAACAAUGCUAACUAUGUGGUAAGGUUAGGUAUUUUCUCGAGGGUGAUAAAGAGAACAUUCGUCACUGUAGAUUUCACAAGAGAAAGUAAUUUGUAUAUAAUGGGGUCAUGAUAUAGCUAAGUGCACCGGAACCGUAAACUACAUUUAUUACGCUAGUUACGAAUGUUUCGAUUUGGAAAGGUUUCAAUUAGAGUCAUUACAUAAAGAUGGACUCCAAGAUCAAGGCCGUCAUGCCUGCGUGUUACUGAACACCGGCGUCUUUUUGUCAAUUUCACCCAGCUUUCGGGAUAGUAGAUUAGGACAUUUGCGGGGGUUUAUACAGUGUGAGAAAGCUCUGACUUUUUAAAUAAUAUCCACCUGGGGGGAUGGCAUUCUGUAGGAAUGUAGUACGCUGCCAAAACUAUAACCACACUCAUUCCUCACUUAUGAAGCCUGUUCUUGUUUGUCUGGUAACAAAGAAGUCACAUCUCUUUUGAACCGAAACAAACUUUAUGUACAGCUACCUCAAAGUGUACGUGUCAAGGGCUAGGUCUGUAAGACAUCUAAGUAUGUCUUUUGGAGAGUUGUUAUUAAUAACGGACUUGAUGUUCUAAAGAAAUAUUUACCAUCUUAAAGCGAUACUUUUAAUGCAUGGGACACUGAAAAGAACCCGUUUUCUUCAGGGCAGGAUUAGUAGAGCACCUUAUAAUGACCUUAAAACUCUUCAUAAGUUACUUUGUUGAGUCAAGGUUAGGUAUGUGCAUUCAUGAUAAGGGCUGGGUAUUAGGGGCAGACUGUAACCAUAGGUUGUCCGUUAUGUAACGAUUCUUGUCUCUAACAGAUAACUCUAUGUGGUUGUAUAUCACAUUUGAUCACAGUGCUUGAACCGAAUGUGCGUGGUAAUACCCCUUUUAUUUACCCUCUAUAUAUAGGCGGACCUCUUGUAGGUCAUAUACAUGUGCAGUGUAUGUGGAGAUAUGUUAGUGUAAAAUGUUCCUUAAAUAAAACUAUAUAGUACCUCA